AUGUUUAAAGGCUGCGCAGUCGGCACGGCUGACCUGAAAAGGCGCCUGGAGACAGGUGAUGACAGGGUUGUCCCCGGGGACAGAAGCAGGAAAGGAGAACCUGUCCCAAGGCGGACAGAUUAUGUUUACUUUGAGAAUUCCUCCAGCAACCCGUACCUAAUCAGAAGAAUAGAAGAACUCAACAAGACUGCAAGUGGCAAUGUGGAAGCAAAAGUUGUAUGCUUCUAUAGACGACGCGAUAUCUCCAACACGCUGAUAAUGCUUGCCGAUAAGCAUGCUAAAGAAACAGAGGAAGAAACGGAGAUGACGGUUGAGGCUGACUUGACUGAGAAGCAGAAGCAUCAGUUGAAACAUAGGGAGCUCUUUCUGUCCCGCCAGUAUGAAUCUCUUCCUGCAACGCAUAUCAGGGGGAAAUGCAGUGUUGCCCUGCUGAAUGAGACAGAGUCGGUGUUGUCGUACCUUGAUAAAGAGGAUACCUUCUUUUACUCCUUGGUGUAUGACCCUUCAGUGAAAACAUUGUUAGCCGACAAAGGGGAAAUCAGAGUGGGGCCAAAGUACCAGGCCGACAUUCCAGACGUGCUGCCAGAAGGAGACUCAGAUGAGAGGGAACAAUCAAAAUUGGAAGUUAAAGUUUGGGAUCCCAAUAGUCCACUUACGGAUCGACAGAUUGACCAGUUUUUAGUUGUAGCCCGUGCUGUUGGGACGUUUGCCCGCGCCCUGGAUUGCAGCAGCUCUGUGAGGCAGCCCAGCUUGCAUAUGAGUGCCGCUGCGGCGUCCCGAGACAUCACCUUGUUCCAUGCCAUGGAUACACUGUACAGGCACAGCUAUGACCUGAGCAGUGCCAUCAGUGUCCUUGUGCCGCUUGGAGGACCAGUCCUGUGCAGAGAUGAGAUGGAGGAGUGGUCGGCCUCCGAAGCCAGCUUGUUCGAAGAAGCACUGGAGAAGUAUGGCAAAGACUUCAAUGACAUCCGUCAGGACUUUCUCCCGUGGAAGUCCUUGACGAGCAUCAUUGAAUAUUACUACAUGUGGAAAACUACUGACAGAUAUGUGCAGCAGAAACGCCUAAAAGCAGCCGAAGCCGAGAGCAAACUGAAACAAGUGUAUAUCCCAACUUACAAACCAAAUCCCAACCAAAUAUCCACCAGCAAUGGCAAGGCUGGCACUGUGAACGGAGCUGUGGGGACCACGUUCCAGCCCCAGAACACCCUCCUCGGGCGAGCCUGUGAGAGCUGCUAUGCCACACAGUCUCACCAGUGGUAUUCCUGGGGCCCGCCUAAUAUGCAGUGUAGAUUGUGUGCGACCUGUUGGCUGUACUGGAAAAAGUACGGAGGUCUGAAAAUGCCCACCCAGUCAGAAGAACAGAAGUCUCCCAGCCCUACUGCAGAGGACCCACGUGUGAGAAGCCACCUGUCCCGGCAGGCCAUGCAGGGCAUGCCGGUCCGGAACACUGGGAGCCCCAAGUCUGCAGUGAAGACCCGCCAAGCUUUCUUCCUUCAUACUACAUAUUUCACAAAAAUUGCUCGUCAGGUCUGCAAAAACACCCUGCGGCUGCGGCAGGCAGCGAGACGGCCAUUUGUUGCUAUUAAUUAUGCUGCCAUUAGGGCAGAAUAUGCAGACAGACAUGCCGAACUUUCUGGAAGCCCACUGAAAAGCAAAAGCACUAGGAAACCUUUGUCGUGUAUCAUUGGGUAUUUAGAGAUCCAUCCUGCAAAGAAACCUAAUGUAAUUCGAUCUCCACCGAGCCUGCAAACGCCAACCACCAAGAGGAUGCUCACCACUCCGAAUCACACGUCUCUGAGCAUUCUGGGGAAAAGAAACUACAGUCAUCACAAUGGCCUGGAUGCCUCCAAGAUUCGGAUGGUGAAUUCUCUGGUUUUCGGAAGGGGAGGACAUGAACUCGGAAGCCUGCAACUAGAGACUGUAAAAGAGAUUGCUUUUGUGGCAUCGGUUGGUCAGAGGGCAGAGUCUCCGAGUCCACGGGCUUCAAGCACUUCUGAGUAGUCAAACCAAUAGGGAACAUAUGGCAGAAAACAAAAACUUACCUGCUGCGUGUCCGACUGAGCUAUCCCUGUUCCAUCCUGUUCUUCAAGACCUGCUACUAUUCCGCUGGUGGUCACAGCCAUGCCUGGAGAAAAGGUGGCCCCUUCAGUGAGAGAGCUCCGUGUCCAGCCCUCGGAGGCCCCAGGGGGCAGGGAAGAAACUGUAGGAGUGCACAGUUCCCAUCUGCGACUCCAUGUGUGUGCCAGUGGCACCUGGCUUCUUUCCCGGAGACCUUGCUGUCCCAGACUGGACCUGUCUGAGAACCGAGACAAGCAGAGAGCUACUAGCCUCCUUCCUUCCUAGUUUCCAGCUCCCAGGAGCAGCUAGCUCAGCCAUGGAGGCUCCUGAGAGCCUGGAGUCCCACUGCCCUGCAUGUGUCCAUCCUACUGUUUCCUGCUGUGAAAUUAUGUACAGGAGGGAUGCGGCGUCUUUCUGCGUGGCUUCCCCUUCAGAAUGUGCCAGUGUUUCUGCUGUUCACAAUACUUCCCUGCUGUUGUAUUUGUUGGCUUUUUCUCCAUAGGCUGCCUUUCUCUCCUCACCGGGGAAAUUACUGUUUCCUAUGCGCACCCUUACAGGGUUUGCUCCCCCACUCUGUGGGCCACAGGGUCUGGGGCACAGACACUUCUUGACCUUGGCCAGCCUGCAAGUGACUCUCAGCAUCUGCCUUGUCACUGGAGAGGAACUGGGGUUGGACUGGUUUCCCUUUGGUCCUGGAGAGCUCUGCAGAGAGCAGGUGUCAAUCACGCCAAGCGUGCACAUCACUGUGACAAUCUGUUGGCUUACUGCCCUCUUCCCUUAUAGCUAAACCAGCUGACAGAGCCCUAUAGCCGGAGUGGAGGGGUCCUUUAGUGGGUCACAAAUCUCCCCAUUUUAUUUUAAGUAGACUCCGUUGGGCCUGAGGGUAGGGUAAAGGAUAGAAAUCCUAUUUGUAGAUAUGAAUCUAUGUAGAUGGCUUUGUGAUUCCUUCUCCUGCAUUUUUGUGAGCAUAUAUACAGGGGCCCCUGGAGACCUGCCUAUUUUACUGCCCUGGCUGCAGCCCUCAGUGACAUCCCAGAUGGCUCCUCUGUCAGCCUCCACACUUAACUGCAGUCACCAAAGUAAGUCCCUGAGCAGAGGACGUGGCCACCUCUCCAUUAGCAGGGACAGGCUGUGGAGCCCAGAGUCCCAGCACUGUGACAGACAAUUCGAUUCUGACCUUGUGGCCACCUUGGGGCUUGGGGCUUGAAGCAGCUCGGUGGCUGAUAGGAGGUGCUCCAAGCUGCUGGUUGCAGGACAGAGUGGCUGCAGCUGGAGCUGACCUCCCCACACCCACCGAGAAGAAUAAGUUAUCACAAAGAUGAUGGGGUGAAAUCUGGAAGUCUGUGUUCCAUGCAGCAGAGAGAAAGGGUGUGUGGUUGGGGACAAUGUCAGAGUUCCAGCUGCCUUGUCCCUUGUCCUCUCCCAGUACUCUCACUGGGGGAGAAUUGCUUUUCUGCCUUUUUUUUUU